AUGUCUCAGGAAGAUAUAGAUAGUUUUAUGGCCAUUACCGGUGCUGGUAAUGGUGAAUUAGCUCAGAAUUUUUUAGAUAUGGCUGGUGGGAACCUGGACACCGCCAUUUCUUUAUUCUUUGAGCAUGGUGGGAAUGCUCAACUACAUAAUGGAAGGAUAUCUGCUAUUGGUAAUGAAGGUACUGGGUCCGCAGAAUAUCAAUCUGAUGCUGAUAUUGCUCAAAAAUUACAAAAUGAAGCAUAUGGAGAAGAGCCUGUAAGAGCUCCUGAUGUUGCAAGACAUGAAACUUUAACAGAGACACAUGUAUUUCCAGGGACAUUUGGUGGUGUAGGUGGUAGUUAUGCCCCAUUGUCAAACGCUAAUGAUAUGUAUGAUGAAGCUGCACCAGCUGGUGUAUUUAAUCAACGUGAAGAAAAUGAAUAUGAGAAUGAUAUGUUUCGUCCUCGUUAUAAUCCAGAUUUAGAUAAUAGUAAUGAUUCGGAUUCUGAGGAUUUGGAUAAUAAUGAUAAUGAGUCCGAUUUUGAAUACGUUGAAGAACCUGUGGUCGAAUUGGAUGACGAUGGAGAGAUUAAAGAAUAUUAUAAGAUGGUACGUAGACCCAAGAAUUUCACCAAAGAGGAAAGAUUAGCAAGAUUAUUUAGACCACCAUUUGAAAUAAUAACGAAAUUAUCAUUGGAUGAUGCAAAAUUAAAAGCAAGAAAGAGAAAGAAAUGGAUUAUGAUUAAUAUUCAAGAUUCAGGAAUAUUUCAAUGUCAAACAUUAAAUAGAGAUCUAUGGUCAGAAAAGAAUGUAAAAAAGUUAAUAAAGAAAAAUUUUAUCUUUUUACAAUAUCAAUUUGGUUCUCGUUCAGCAGAACCUUAUAGAAAUUUUUAUAAUUUGCAAAAUAAAGAUGAUUUACCACAUAUUUCAAUAUUAGAUCCAAUGACAGGUGAAAGAUUAAAAAUGUGGAAUCAUGCAGUACCGAAACCUGAAAAAUUUAUUGAAGAUAUACAGUCCUUUUUGAAUCAGUUUUCAUUGGAUCCGAAUUCAACAAAUCCAACCGUAAAUGAGCCUCCAAAACCGAUAGAUCCAACAACUUUAACCGAAGAGCAACAAAUGGAAUUGGCCAUUGAGCAAUCUCUUGGUGAUUCGAAACAAAAUCCAAUUAGUCUUGCCAAUGAAAGUGAUAAUGAAAUGGAAGUCGAUAAGGGACCAGUCGUAUCUGAAACUGAAGAAAUUAAAGAUAUUUUCAAGGAAAUUAAACCUGUUAAGCAUGAAGAACCUGUCAACAAGCCUGGUAUCACAACGAGAAUCCAAAUUCGUACUGGUGAUGGUAACAGAUUCAUUAGAAGAUUCGAUGCAAUUGAAGAUACAGUCAGGACAAUAUAUGAAGUGAUCAAAACUGAAAUGGAAGGCUACGAUAGUUACAAAUUUACAUUAAGCGAUCAUCACAGAAACGAUUUGAUAGAGAAAUUGGACUUAACUAUAAAUGAUGCAGGUCUCAAAAAUAGUUCCCUAUUAUUGGAACAAAUCGAAGAUGAUAAUGAUUGA